AUGGCUCUUAUUCCCAUCGUCAACUCUGGAAAAUACAGAAUCAGAAAUGUCAAGUUUGGAGCCAUCCGCGACGACGAGGGUGCAUUGGGAGCCAAAGGCAACUCAAAGUCCGAGGAGCUCGUCUGGAACGUUACUCUCAAUUCUGACAAUUCGCAUACCCUCCAGACUGUUGAACCCGGAGCACCUGCUAUCAUUGGAGGCCCAGUCACCGAGGUCUCCAAGCGUUUCUAUAUCAGCGUAGAGAAUCCUUCCAUUCAAGGUGUUCACUGGUUCCUGCAGCCAGUUUUGAUCGGAUCGGAUCCUCGCAUCCUUUAUGCCAUCUAUGAGCCAGGAAGAAAGGGUCACUGGGAGCUUUGCAGCGCCGACAAGAAGGAACCCGUGAAGCUCAAUAGGGAGCCUUCGGACGAUGAGAACAAGAAUGUCCCCACGCAUUUUACUCCAGAGGCGCUUUGGGUCUUUGAGCAUGUGAAAAGUGACGAAUAA